AUGCCUAAUCCUGUCGCUCCCAAGCGUCCCUAUGGUGGUUUGUAUGGCUAUAUUUCACCUUUCAUAAAGGCAGUAGUGGAAGCUUUCAAACUUACAAAAGAUCAAUUACCUUCGAAAAAUGAAGCAAUUGUUCCAAUGAUCGUAGAAAAAGCUGCUUUGGGAACUGAUCAACAUGAAGUGUUCAAUGAUGUAGCACAAAUAAAACAGCAAUAUUCCAAUCAUGGUUUUUUUCGUUCUGAUCCUAAUUUUCGUGCUAAUCACUAUCCUGUAUAUGAGCGUACUUUUCAUAAUAAUCCUGCCUUUCGUCUUCUUCGUCGUGAUGAUCAUGAUACUAGUAUUGAUACUGUUAUUGGUGCUUUUGGUAGUCGUCUUGCUGAUCGUUAUGAUCGAUUUGGUCGUGAUAGUGAUUGGAAUGAUGAAUGA